UGCUGCUAGCUCCGUUACUUACGGGCAACAGGCGUGUUCUAGCGACUGAUGAAUGGCUGAAAGUAAAGGGGUGUGAAGACGUGUAUGCACUUGGUGAUUGUGCCACUAUAGAUCAGCGUAAAGUCAUGGAAGAUAUUGUAAGUAUAUUUAAGGCCGCAGACAAGGACAACUCUGGUACCCUUACCAUUGAUGAGGUCAAAGAUGUGGUUGAAGACAUUAUCAUUCGGUACCCCCAAGUGGAGCUCUAUCUAAAAAGCAAGCAUCUGGACGACGUGAUGGAUCUAUUGAAAGAUUCUGAAGGAAAUUAUAGAAAGGAGAUCAAUAUUGAAGAAUUUAAGUUAGCUAUUUCUCAAGUGGAUUCACAGAUGAGGAGUCUUCCUGCAACUGCUCAGGUUGCUGCUCAACAAGGUGCAUAUCUUUCUAGAUGCUUUAACCUUAGAGAGGGGUCCAAAACUAAUCCAGAAGGCCCUCUCCGAUUUAUAGGCUCUGGGCGGCAUGAAUUUCGUCUCUUCCGGUACAGGUAUUCCGGGCAAUUUGCACCUUUGGGCGGAGAGCAGACAGCAGCAGAACUGCUGGGCGACUGGGUUUCCGUAGGUCACAGCACACAGUGGCUCUGGUAUUCUGUUUAUGCAAUGUGGUCAUUACUCUUUCCAUGAAUUGCA